AGGUCGGAGCUGCUAACGGUCAGUAAUUAAACACAAGGGACGCGGUUUCUAUUUUUUCUGUUGUGAAGAACCAAACGUAGGCGUACUCAUACAAACAGCGCGCAAUCCAUCAGUUUCGAAUGACCGAGGUGUCAACGUUGCACAGCGCGUGGGACGUGGACCGGCACAUCGUCCUGGACUCCGCCGAGAAGUUGGUGUUGGUCCGCUUUAGCAGCUACACAUCUUUUGCCGAGGAGGUGGAGGAUCACCGGCAGCAAGAACGCGGUCGUGCAGCACCGCAUGCGGCGUCGAGGCAGCGUAAGCGCGGCCGUGACGACGACGCUCUCGCCGACGCGGCGGCGUCCCUGCUGCUGCAGGACGCAGACGAGCACUACCUGCGGACGCGACAGAUGGACGCGCUGCUGCGCGAGAUCGCACCAAAGAUUCGCAAGUACUGCACCAUCUUUCUCGUUGACACGCGCGAGGUGACCGCCUUUAACGACCUCUACGAAUUAGGACACGACCGCGACCCCUUCGCGGUCAUGUUCUUUUACCGCAACCGGCACAUUCGCGUCGAUGUGGGAACCGGCAACAACAACAAGGUGAACUUCUUCGCCUUCGAGGAUGUGUACGACUUUUUGCCGGUCGUGGACGCCGCGUACAAGGCUGGCAAGCAGGGGCGCAGCAUCACGAGCUGCGACAAGAAGUUUUCGACGGUAGCGCUGCGCCGCUAG